CAGCGCCGCAGUUGUGGUUUCUGUCUCAGCUGUUUGGUUUUGAGUUGGCCGGUGCAUAUACAUGGGAAGGCUUGCCGCCGAUUAGCGACACUGAAUUAUUCGAUUGCAUCGGCUGUUCGAAGCUAUCAUACUGGACUCAAGGAACACGAAGGUAUAAAAAUCCCUCAGAUGUCUCGAUUACACAUGCAUUAUUCAUUUCAAUAAAGCACAUUCAACCAACCUAAAUGGCGCACAAUACGUUGGAAAUCACGAAUCUAGAAAGUCUUCGAGACCCAUCUGGGAUUUUCUCAUUGAUUGAAGUUGUUGGCAAGGGCACUUAUGGGAAUGUCUACAAAGGUCGUCAUACUCGCACUGGUCAGCUGGCUGCCAUCAAAGUCAUGCCAAUCACGGAAGAGGAUGAGGAAGAAAUCGUGUUGGAAAUUAACACGCUACGAAAGUUGUCCAAUCAUAGGAAUAUUGCCGCUUACUAUGGUGCUUUCAUCAAAAAGUCUUCUCCUCAGGAUCAUCUCUGGCUCGUGAUGGAAUAUUGCGGAGCGGGAUCAGUAACGGAUCUUGUGAAAAGUACUCGUGGACAGUCGCUCAGAGAAGAUUGGAUAUCUUAUAUUUGCCGAGAAAUACUUCGAGGUCUGGCUCAUCUACACACGAAUCGAGUAAUCCACCGUGAUAUCAAAGGCCAGAAUGUCCUACUCACGGAUAAUGCAGAAGUCAAACUUGUUGACUUUGGAGUCAGUGCACAGUUGGACAAAACCUUUGGAAAACGGAACACGUUUAUUGGGACACCUUACUGGAUGGCCCCAGAAGUGAUCCACUGUGAACAGGAUUCCACCUGUACUUAUGACACGCGGUCGGAUCUCUGGUCACUGGGUAUCACGGCUCUUGAAAUGGCUGAAGGUCGUCCACCGCUGUGUGAAAUGCAUCCAAUGCGAGCGUUAUUCCUAAUCAUGCGCAACCAACCACCAAGAUUGAAGCAGCCUGCGAAUGGUUCAAGACACUGGACCCCUCGAUUUCACGAUUUUGUAAACAAGUGUCUGACUAAAGACUUUACCAAGCGCCCAUACACUGGUGAUCUGCUCCGUCACGAUUUUAUCACGAAUUUGCCGAAUGAACGACAGGUGCGCAUCCAGCUGAAAGACCACGUGGACAGGCACAAACGCACCCGGCGUCCGGAAGAACGUGAACAAAUUUACGAAUAUGAAGGGAGCGAUGACGACGAAGAUGAACCGAACGCGGCUCCCAAGGUUUCAGCCGCACUCUCCGCUGCUGGUGGAGCUCCUGGACACCGGAUUGGUCCUCCCCCACCGGCUUCUCACUUGGGCCAACCUCGGCAACAUCCACCUUUACGACCAGGUGACUUUGUUCCCCCGGCUCCACCGAUCGCCGCCGGUUUGAACGCUCGGGAGCAGCCACAUCUUAAUGGACAACCGAACAACGUUCGCCAAUCCGUUCGAAGUGGAAAACCUGCUCAUCCGGUUGACAAAAAAUGGGUUCGCCCGGUUGAGGAGGAAUCGCCAACCAUGACGCCUAAUGCCCCCGGAGAAAAUACUCUGCGCCAGAACUUUGCCAGGUUGCAGGAACGUGAGCGCCUUCCCGCUGCGGGUGGAACCCCCAGUCAAUCGUCAGCAGUGGGCAAUAACUUUCACCAGCAGCAGCACCAACAACAUCCGCAAUCGUCCCACCACUAUCCACAACAAUUUCGCAAUCAACAACACUCUCGUGCGCACCCCGCUCAGCGCACACCACAACAGGCCCAACAAGCCCAACCGAAGCUCGGUGUUUCUGCAGCUGGUAGCCGCUCGGCUGCCUACGGACCUGUGUCGUCAACAUCUCAAUCGAAUGCGACCGAGUGUACUUCUGACAUGUCUGUUUCAAGCUCUGCGCCUGUGCAAUCCUCCGCGUCGGUGGCCAGUCAGCAACAUCAUUUCCCUCUGCAUCAUCACCGGGCGGCAAUGCAUGUGCGGAUCGGAGCUAGCGAUGCACAGUCGCGCUUUGCCGUUGGAGAAUCGGCUCAACCGCCUGGCCGUGGAGGAGGUUCCCGACACAAGCACAUCGUGUCCCCGAAAUUUCCGUCAACGCGUCCUAUCACGACACAGCUCGGACCCCAUUUGGACAUGCGGAAACCCCCGAUGGAUUCUGCUUUGUCGUCUUCUGUCGCUGGCCCCAAUCCAGGUUUUCAACCCAACCGAACAACUGGCGUGUUGGCCUUCGCUUCUACGGCUACCUCUAUUUCUGCGCCAUCCGCCCCUUCUGCAGCCGUUAGUGACAAUCGGUCUUCCUCACGUAUUCCCACCAACCAGGAUGCGGAAAAAAAUGCACACGUGGUUUUCUCCACUGCAAUGGAUGGCGGUGCCUCAGAGGCAAUCUCGUCUGGCCAACUGCGUCCACCCGCACUGCCUGGUGGUCGUCUCAGAACCGGACCGUCCUCUCAUGUUUCUUCGACUAAGCCAGAGGAGCUGGAUGCAUUGGCUGCACAACUCACGGAUUUGGGUUCUGUUUCACCCAAGUCUCCUCGUGCGCCAACUACCAGACACACAAACGGAUCCACCCCGAAUGGCAAGUCACCAGCGGAACGGAACGGUAUUCCACCUACUCCAAAACAUAAAUCAAGCGGGGUUCAUCAACUUGGAAGACCAGCUUCCCGAUCCUCUUCAUCGUCAUCCGAUAGUAGUAGUGUCCGACACACGCCGACUAGCAAGACCGGUAGUAAUAGCAGCAGUAGCAACAGUGUGACUGCAUCUUCUACCUCCGGGAGUGAGUCUCCUUCUUCGGGUUCCAGAGAGGUCCAGUGUGCCACAUGUUCGUCCGCAUCUACUGCAUCUUCUUGUCAUUGUCAGCCAGCUGCGUCCACAAAACCGUCUGACAGUCAGGAGUGCGGCGCUGAUGUUCGCCGAUUGACUGUGGUCGAAAACACCACUCAGAACGAUCCAUCCACGCCAUUCCAUCCGGAAUCAGUCAACGGUGAACAGGUGGAACUAGGCCUUGAUGGAUCACAACGGUUAUUUGCUGGAAGUGAUGACGUUCCCGAACUGAACACAGGCGUUGAAGAAGACGAGGAUGAUGAUGACGGUGAUGUGGUUGUAGUCGAGGAAGAGGAGUGUGGUGCCGAUCUUGAGGAGACUGCAAACAUCAGGUCUACUCUGUCCGUGGUGAGAUCCAGAAGUCAGAACGUCUUUGACCGCACCCGUGAACUGAGUUCCAAUUCAAGAGAACUCGACUCAGAACGUCCUCCCAUCUCCACAGGUGCUAGUCGGGAUGCCAACGUUCAAGAAGGUCCCAAGAAAGCCUUGCUGUCGGAUGAAUUCACCAGGGAAACACUCAGCAGUCUGGCUUCGAUUGCCAACGCCUCCGGGUCUCCGGCUGCGUCACAGUGGACGGCUGCUGUGAGUGCGUGCACCGAAGUUUCCCAAGGGGUCAUCCUUCCCAGCCAAGCUUCAGCGAACGCUGACACAAAUGGGACGCUCGUUUAUCAGAACCACAAUCAUCAGCAACCACAUCCGUUGCCGAAUAAUAAUCGUGCUUCCAGUCCGAACAUUUCAUCAACUAACCACGAUCUUCCAAAGCGACCGGUCACACAGUCCCAGACUCCUCAUGGUAGGUCGGACCGUAACUCUGUUCUCCUACCUUUGGGAAUUGAACACACAUCUGCGCUGCACGGCGAUCCAAGUUCGGCUAUUGGACGCGCGGGAGACCAAUCCUGUCCGGUCACGAGUCAUCCCAGCGACUUUUCUGGCAAGAACCAGGUCAACGUUCAAGCUGUGCAACACAUCCAGUCGACUCCCUCGGUGCAUAUGCCAUCCACUGCAUUAUCCCUAAACAAUGCCGGUCUCCCGACUCACAACGUGACCCCCAUUCCCGUAGACCCCAGCCUGCAGGCCAUGAGCGAGGAGGCACCUGAAAUACAAGUAUACAAAAGGCGAUUCAGUUCGGAAAUUCUCUGUGCUGCCAUGUGGGGAGUCAACUUGCUGAUCGGUCUUGACAACGGCCUUUCAUUGCUUGACCGCAGUGGAGAAGGAAGGGUUUACACGCUUAUCACGCGACGGCGCUUCUCACAAAUGGCUGUUCUUGAGGGCCAAAAUAUUUUGGUCACUUUGUCUGGACGAAAAAACCGGCUGCGUGUGUACUACCUAUCCUGGCUACGGAGCAAAAUUAUGAAAAGUGAAGGGUGUGACAAGAAAAACGGCUGGGUCAACGUUGGCGAAAACCUCCAGGGCGCUGUACAUUUCAAAAUAGUCAAGUAUGAAAACAUCAAAUUCUUAUUGGUUGCGCUCCGGGAUUCAAUUGUGAUCUACGCGUGGGCCCCGAGGCCGUAUCAUAAGUUCAUGGAAUUCAAGCGGUUUCCGGAACUGAAACAUCGACCACUGCUGGUGGAUUUGACCGUAGAGGAGAAUCAACGAUUGAAGGUUGUUUAUGGUUCUGCGGCUGGCUUUCAUGCGAUCGAUCUGGAUUCGAAUGCAGUUUUCGAUUUGUACAUUCCCUCAAUGACCGGUUCCUCCAUAAUCCCGCACUGCAUCGUGGUACUACCGAACACGGACGGCUUGCAGCUCCUCUUAUGUUAUGAUUCCGAGGGUGUGUACGUCGAUACCACUGGGAAACUGACAAAGAAUGUCGCUAUUCAGUGGGGUGAGGCACCCACAUCUGUUGCCUACAUCUCCACCGGUCAACUCCUCGGCUGGGGAGUGAAAGCGAUUGAGGUUCGAUCAGCGGAAACUGGCCAUUUGGAUGGUGUAUUCAUGCACAAACGUGAACAGAAAUUCAAAUUCUUGUGUGAACGAAAUGACAAGGUCUUCUUCUCCAACACACGUUCCGGUCCACCCCAAGUAUCUAUGAUGACACUGAGUGAUGCUACCGAAAUAAAUUCAUCUGCAAACAAAUUUGGCACUGCGAGGGAUCCACCUGGAACCCAGCUGAAUCUCUCGUUUUUGACGUUUCCAGGCAAUUGA